ACUACAACUACACAUAUAUAGUUUACGACUUUGUUGAGUAACAGCUACCAUUUUCUGAGAAUUUUUAACGAUAUGGUUUACAAUUUACAUUGGUUCUGCCUGCUUUUAGUUUUCGCGACGAAAUCAAGAUGCCGAAUUCCGUUAUCGUCUGAUUUUUGGUACGAAAGGGAUCAGAGCUUAAACAGUUCUCUUGGUUUCUGCUUGAUGGAAAAAAUAUUUGGAUAUGAGAAUAUAACGGGACGUUGCGUGCUCGCUGAAAACAACGCGCAGAGAUGGUGCGCCAGUCAGCAUGGAAGCCCCAAAGCUACAAUUCAUCAGAAAAAUAAUAAGUUCUGUCCAGCGAUCCAAUUCCAACACCAACUGCAAGCAAUUGCUUACAACAGACGUCGAGUACCUUGCUAUCUAUACAUCAGACUAAGAAGAAAAGAACAAGGUGUCUGUACAACACACACUCAUCACCCAGGCUUUAUGUGCCUGGGUGCAAAUUUAACAGAAAUUGGACACCCAGGCUGCAAACAUCUGUUUAAACCACAAUUAUUUACAAACAAUGCUAAUUCUAACUUGCUGUAUAGCAAUAUGUUGGUGUAUAUAUGCGCACUGCCAAGCUUUUGGCUGCUGUUUUGGAGUAUGUGAAUUUUAACGAUCAUUUUAAAGACUUCAACAUUUUUUUAAAGAAUUAAAACCAUAUUCGAAAAUUAUAAGACGGUUGGGUAAAAUGGAAUAUGUAAAAUACGAAUAGAAAAAUGCGAUUUAGGUGCGAAUUUUAUUCCAUCUUUCCCCACAGUACUAUAUAUACAAAUGUGCCUUUUUAAAACUGCCAAAGCUAUAAUCUUUAAGCGUAUAUUGUAAACCCUAUUUAUUGUACGAUUCCCAGCAUUAAAAUUAAAAUACGAUUUAGGUAUCUACAUUGUCUUAAAAUUUUUCUUUUUUCGUACAUAUUAAUGUGUCAGGUAUUGGAUCAAAAUCCCUACAUAUUAAUGUGUCAGGUAUUGGAUCAACUCUGGCCUAAAUCCCAGAUCCCUAGGCGUGCCUUGCUGUAGGACCUCACCCAUAUAUAGUAAAAAUGUGCUAAGUAACGUUUUGUGUGUAUUAUGUUAUGUCGUUAUAAUUCAAACUGCGAUAUCAUCUGAGUAAUUGUAAAUACAUCUUCGGUUAUUGAAACAUA